CGCUCUCGUUCAGUUUGACCCAACCUACUGGCCGUUGGGAGACACAAGCGUUGCCUUAGCAACGAGCUCGGAAGAGUUAGGGCUACUGGCGAUCAGCAGGUUUCGUUUAAGCAUUAAUUGAAAGACAAAUAAAAUAAAAUUGAAUAAUUAAAAAUAACAGAUUCACGAUGGAAACAUCGAGCAAUCCGUCUGUGUUUCUUCUAACGGUGAACGGACAGAUCGAGGGAGCGAACUUUCCAGACUAUGACAGUUUGUACUGCAAAUAUUGCUACGUCUACGGCCAUGACUGGGCUCCCACCACAGGUUUGGAGGAAGGCAUCACACAGAUAACCUCAAAGAGCACCCAGUCCCACAGCCUAAUAUGGAACUUUCCUUUGGAGAUAACAUUCAAGAGCACAAAUCCUUCUGGGUGGCCUCAGCUUGUGGUGAGCGUGUACGGGCCCGAUGUGUUUGGCAACGACGUCGUGCGGGGUUACGGCGCAACGCACAUCCCCUUCACGCCUGGACAACACACGAGAACCAUCCCCAUGUUUGUUCCCGAGCCCACCUGGAGACUUCAGAAGUUCACAGGCUGGUUGUUGGGACGGCGACCCGAGUACACCGACCCGAAAGUGGUGGCACAGGGGGAAGGCCGAGAAGUGACGAGGGUUCGAUCCCAAGGCUUUGUUACCGUCUCCUUUCACAUAAUGACCAAAGACAUGAAGAAGAUGGGCUACGACACGGGACCGUCGAGCCCGUCCGCCGUCCAGUCAGAGGCGCAGUCGUACGUGAAAUGACACGAGAGCUAACCCGGGCUCGCCACGUUGUCAUUUCUCAUCACCACGGAGCUCCCAGUAUCAGGAGAGAACGUACGUCUGUUUGGUUCUCAGACAAUCGGCCCAACUUGUGGCCUUUAGAGCGAAAUCUGUGAAGGCCUCCGACUCUGCCGGCGUUGCAUUCUUCGCCCCAUCCUACGCCGCAGGAGGCCGAGACUGUGAAAGGGUGGAGCUGUCGCCGUGUUGGCUCCAGAGAAGUGUGGAGAAAGGUUCUUGAUGUCAAGGCAACAUGCAGGACAUUUUUUAUUGGCAGCAGAGUGGUAGUUGUACAAGGUUUGUAGGCACCCCUGGUGUCAGUGUGUUGAAAAUGUGCCGCACAAAUCCAUCUUUUAUUGCAGCAACAUGAUCUCUGCUGAAAAUGUCACCAGUACAUUUAUUCACUGGGUAAAUAUAUAUAAACAUGGUGCAAGGUCUAAAAAAACGUCUCUAAAUUUAGUCAUCCAAGUCUUAUUUUUUUUUUACCAUUUAAAGCAGAAAAUUAAUUUAAAUGUUCGUUUUUUUGUGGAAUGCUUUGCCUACAUUCAUCCGAUGUUAAAUACUGAUGAAUUUGGGUGUCUAGUUGUGAGGUUCUGUUAUUUACUAAUGGUUACUAACUAAUGACUAAUGGUUAUCUCACCAUGAGAACAUCUUGUCAUGUUUAAUAAAUUGCAAUAUUUUUUGUAAAGUUCAUUUAUUUCAUUAAAUCAAUUCACUACGAGAAACAACUUUAUGCAGACUGAUGUUUAAAAGCCUUUAUUUCUAAAUUAGAAUAUUACAUCAGGCCAAUUAAAAAGCAGCAUUUUCCAUGCAGAAAUGGGGGCUUACUGAAAAGUAUAUUUAAUUACUGGCUUACAGGUGAUUAUAUUUUCGCAAGGUACUUUUAGUCUGACAAACAAGCCUCCUAGAAAUGCAUAUUCUAAUUUAUUGAACACAUAUCUAAUCAGAUGUGAAUAGCCCCUAAAUUAUUUUUUUUUUACAAAUUAUGUGUGACAUAUUUACACCCCUUUGCCAAUAGGGCAGUACUUUAUCAUCUGCUAGAACAUCGUUAUCUCGCUGGAAGGCCCGGACAUCGCAACCCCUUCCAGUUUUCUGGAAGAGACCACCAGAUUUUUAUAAAAAAUUAUCCUGUGGUUUCAAAAUAGUUGAAGUCCUGAACGGCGAGGUUCCCAGAGUCUUUGGAAGAGAAACAAGCCCACAGCAUCACAGAUCCUCCACCAUACCUAACAGUGGGCAUCUCCAUCUGCUCAUCUUUCAUAAUCAGGUCAUUUUGCUGAAAAGUUUAAUCAUAUCUGAUCAAACAACAGUUCCAGCCGAGUUUGGCUAACUUUACAUUUGUGUUUUUUUGUUUUGUUUUGUUUUAAUUGACCCUUUUUGUCCUGCUCAGUGUAGUGGCACAAUAAACCAAGUCCUCGUCCAGCCUAGAGGCUAAUAGUUGUUAGCCUCUGUAGCAUAUUUAUACCUCAGGUAGAUAGAAUGAUUCAUUACAAGUUCAGAUAAACUGAUCAAUUAAAAAAAAAAAGGUAAAUAGAAAUAAAAACACUUUAGUUCCAAUUAUGGGAUUUUG